CUCUCACCUUUUUUGUUUUGUCCAAGACAUUGGCUUCGGAGUUUGAGGUACAAGUCUUGGAAGGAUUCUCCACAUUCCCUCGUCCCAAUCCACCACCACCCUUUGUUUCUUCCCAAGUUCUCUGCAACAUUUCCUCACUUUUCUAGGCCCUUGUCUCACGUCCUACACCUAUCAUAAUGCCAUUCAGGAGUAUUGUUCGUGACUUCAAGGAGAUUGGAGAGGGCAUUAGCAACAUGUAUAGAAGAGGGGCUGAAGCUAAGCAUGUGCAUCGCCAUGGAAAAUCUCUCAUUGCACCAGAAUGUUCCUCACCAUCACCGUCACCACCACCACCAUCAUCGUCGUCAUCGUCACAGAGCCGGUGGGCUAAUUUACCCCCUGAGUUGCUCUUAGACAUAAUUCAAAGGGUGGAAGCCAGUGAAACUUCAUGGCCUGCACGCAGAGCACUUGUAGCGUGUGCCUCAGUUUGUAGGUUGUGGAGGGAAAUAACAAAGGACGUGGUCAAGACACCAGAACAGUGUGGUUGGCUCACUUUCCCUAUAUCACUGAAGCAGCCUGGUCCAAGAGACACUGCAAUCCAGUGUUUUAUUAAGAGAGAAAGGGUGACUUCCACAUAUUGUUUAUAUCUCGGUCUGAGCCCUGCUCUUUCUGGUGAUAUGAGCAAACUGCUAUUGGCAGCAAAGAAGAUUAGAAGGGCAACGUGUACAGAAUUUUUAAUAUCAUUGGUUGCUCAUGAUUUCUCUCGUGCAAACAAUACUCACAUUGGAAAGCUGAGGUCUAAUUUUCUGGGCACCAAGUUUAUGAUCUUGGAUGGUCAACCCCCACAUGAUUCCUCACUUCCAUUAAAUUGCAAGUUGCAGCAAAGAGUCCAUCUGAAGCAGGUACUUCCAAGGGUUACUGCUGCUAACCAUAAAGUUGCUACAGUAUCUUAUGAACUCAAUGUUCUCCGUACAAGAGGUCCAAGGAGAAUGCGUUGCACAAUGCACUUAAUCCCUAUAUCUGCAAUCCAAGAAGGAGGAACUGCCCCUACUCCUUUGAAGUUCACCAAUUGCCUUAAUGAGCAUGCAUCUACCAUUCCCAUUUCAAAAGGAAAGAAGCCACAAGUUAACUUUGGCUCAACUGGCACAGGCAAUAAUACUCCAGAAUCAACCCAGAGUGCAAGGGAACCAUUGAUUCUGAAAAACAAAGCUCCUAGAUGGCAUGAACAACUGCAAUGUUGGUGCUUGAAUUUCAAGGGAAGAGUAACUGUGGCCUCUGUGAAGAACUUCCAGCUUGUAGCAGCUGCAGAACCGAGCCAAAUUGUUUCAGUGGCCGAACAAGAGAAAGUGAUACUACAAUUUGGAAAAAUUGGGAAGGACAUAUUCACCAUGGAUUACCGAUAUCCCCUCUCUGCUUUUCAAGCCUUUGCAAUCUGCUUGAGCAGCUUCGACACAAAACCAGUUUGUGAAUGAUCAUAUGACUUUUAUAGUCCUGUCACUCUUUUCCUUGAUAUAAAAUGUACAUAUUUUCAUAAGAAAGGAGAGAAGCUGGACAAAACAACUCUCAUUAUAAAGAGUGCUUUCAUUCUGCAGGCACAAGUUUGUGUAAUGCUAGCUGUUAGGAUUGAUGUUUAAUGGCAAGUCUAUUUGUCUGCUCUAAGCAAGUUUGUUAA